GUGGCGGCGGAAGGGGCGCAUGAGGGGUGGCGGAGCCAUGGCCCGGGGACCGGGACCGGGACGGGGACCGGGACAGAAAGCGGCCCGGGGACCGCGACAAAAACUGGGAUCGGGACCGAAACAGGGACAGAGACCGGGAUCGGGACCGAAACAGGGACACAGACCGGCAUCGGGACCGAAACAGGGCCAGGGACCGGGACAGAAAGCGGGACCAGGACAGGGACGGAAAGCGGGACCGAGAUCGGAACAUGGACCGGGCGCCCCGCUGCGCAGCAGGAAGGAGAAGAAGGACAACAUGAAGCCCAAGCGCCCCGAGGAGCAGGAGAUCCCGUUCCGCCUGCGGGAGCUCAUGCGGAGCCGCGAGGCCCUGAAGCGCCCGCACCCCGGGAAGAGGCCGGCGGCAGAGAAGAAGCAGCAGCAGCAGAGGUGCAAGGGCCCCGAGGCCCCGGGGGACAUCCCCGUGCCCAGGUUCCGGAGGGGCCGGGGCGAGUCCGAGCGUUCCUACAUCUGCCGCAUGGAGCAGGAGGUGCAGCGCGUGCUCUUCCUCGCGGAGAACCAGCUCCAGCGGGAGCCUGAGAAGGAGGCGACGGCUCCAGAGAAGUCCAAAAGGAAAAAAGAGUUUCAGAAAAGGAAGCUGGAAAAAGCUCGGAAGAAAAAGGAGGAGAAGAAGGAGGACAUGCUGGAGAAGAGCCUGUUGCAAGACACGGUGCCCUUCGGAGAAGUGGUGACACAGCCACCCACCAUCACCUCACGGCCCAGGGGACGGGGUCCUGCCGAGCAGGCUGGACGGAAGCAGCUCCUCCUGACGCCUCGGCUGGGCCAGAGCCAGGCGUCCCCCGUGUCCCCCGUGUCCCCCGGGAUGUCGAUGGCUCGCCGGCGCAUCCUGGAGGAGGAGCGGGCGCGCGUCAUCCGCGCCUACAGGGACAUCCAGAGGCGCAAACAGCUGGAGCGGGAGCGCGCCCGGGCCGGUCCAGGCUGAGGGCUCAGGGACUCCAGAGGGACAUUGUCCUCCUGCUCUUGUGUCACUGCUGAGCCCCGGGGCUUCCCACAGCUCCACGCUGCUCGGCUCAGCACUGGGGUGGGGUCCCUGCGGUGCCACGGACCUGCUUGGAGUAAAAAUUCCCAUGGGA